UUUCAGCUAACAGUCAGGUAACAGUAGUCGUUCCUGUAAAUUUGAACUGAUCAGUUAAUCACCCUUCUUCUCUUACCAGCAUUUCUGUGCCUUCGUAUUAUCUCCUGUUACAAGUUUAAAGAAUGUCCUGGGCAGACUUAGUCAACAGCAAUUUGGUCGGCUCCGGUAAUGUCUCUAAAGCUGCAAUUUGUGGUUUUGAUGGGUCAAUUUGGGGAAAGUCAGAUAAUUUCAAGUUAGAUGCAACAGAAGCUGCGGCAGCCGGAAAAGGAUUCCAAAAAUAAGGAUGCCUUAUUGGGAACGGGUAUGAAAUUUGAGGGAGAGAAAUAUUUCGUGCUACAAGCCGAUGAUGAAAGAAUCAUUGGUAAAAAAGGAUCAACCGGGUUUUUCAUCUAUAAAACUGGACAAGCAGUGAUAAUCUCAAUAUAUGAAGGUGGCGUACAACCAGAACAAUGCAGCAAAACAACGGGAGCUCUUGCCGAUUAUUUUAAAAGCAUAAAUUAUUGAAUAAAUGAUGUCUGCUAUUCUCUGUGCUCCUCUUUUGUUUGAUAUGGGUGUCUUGAUUACUGCUGCGCUAUGCUAUUGCAUCGUCGUAUCCAUACGUUUGAACAGCUUCUCGUCGAGACAAUAUGUGCUCAAUGUCACAUUUUCAUUGAAUAAUUAUAGUUUUAUUUAUUGUAAUUAUAGUUACACCGUCUACGUUUAAUUUUAAUUAUGCUCUGUUAUGCGCAGGAAUGUGAGAAAUUGAAGUUAUGAAAUUUAAGUUAAUUUUUUUG